AUGGCUGAAUCAGAGCAGGUCCCGAGGGGAUUAUACGGUAACAUACACCAGACGUAUUUCAGGGUAAAGUCAUCACUCAGCGUAAGCAAUAUUCACGAGGCGCUUAUACUGUUUCACCAGAAGCUGCUGAUCGGCGAUCCCAGGUCCUACUACGUGCUACUCACCUCCACGUUCGCUCUACUCUUUGUCCUGGUCUACGCCUACUACAGGCUCCUGGAGCUCUCCAAGAGUUCGCGGAGUAUUCUCCGUCGCAAUCUGGAGCGCCAGGCCAUUCUGAAGGAUAGGAUAAAGAAUUAUCUGUUCAACGUCCUGGAAGACUCGUUCAUAUGA